AUGGAGCCCAUACAAUUGAACACAUGGAACGACAGGACCAAAGCAGUGACUGCACCCAAAAGGCAGCAGAGAGAGCAGUGGUCCAGGAAAAUGGAAUACAUCUUGGCUGUUGCAGGAGGUGUUGUUGGCUUGGGAAAUAUCUGGAGAUUCCCAUACCUUUGCUACAAAAAUGGAGGAGGAGUCUUCCUCGUACCGUAUUUGUUGUUCUUCUGCACAUGUGGUGUGCCCCUCUUCUUACUGGAGACAUCGCUGGGCCAGUACACCAGACAGGGUGGAGUGGCAUGCUGGAGAAAAAUCUGUCCUCUGUUUCAAGCCUUAGGAUAUGGAAACCAGCUAUUUCUUUUCUACUUGGCGUUGUGUUACAUCAUCCUACUUGCUUGGGCCUUCCGCUACCUGUUCUCAUCCUUCUCAUCUGAGCUCCCGUGGGCCAAUUGCCUCAACAGCUGGAACACAGACAAGUGUUUUGAGUACAGACCCAAUCAAACACUGCAAGAAUUCAGAAAUGGCACAUCUUCAGUUGUAGAGUAUUGGGAGAGGAGAAUUUUGGAAUUAUCAAGUGGAAUUGAACAUGUAGGAAACAUUCGAUGGGACCUAGCACUUUGUCUUCUUCUUGCCUGGCUAGUGUGUAUCCUCUGUAUUUGGAAUGGAGUGAAGACCACUGGGAAGGUGGUCUACUUCACCGCCACAUUUCCAUAUGUCAUGCUGUUGGUGUUGCUUGUUCGUGGUGUGACAUUGCCAGGAGCCAAGGAAGGAAUCAAGUUCUACCUCUACCCAGAUGUGUCCCGGCUCAGCGAUCCAAUGGUAUGGCUGGAUGCCAGCAGCCAGAUCUUCUACUCCUAUGCGGUCUCGCUCGGGAUUCUGACAAAUCUAAGUAGCUACAACAAGUACACAAACAACUGCUACAGGGACUGUAUUUAUCUGUGCCUGCUGAAUGGGUUGACCAGCUUUGUAGCCGGCUUUGCUGUCUUUUCUGUUCUUGGCUUUAUGGCAAAGGAGCACGGUGUGGAUAUAUCCAUUGUGGUUGAAUCAGGUCCGGGAUUGGCAUUCAUCGCUUUCCCUCGCGCUGUGGAUCUGAUGCCUUUUCCUCAACUUUGGGCCAUUUGCUUCUUUUCUAUGAUCAUCUUUAUAGGAAUAGAUACUGAGUUUGUAAAUAUAGAGGGACUGGUCACAAACAUAGUUGACAUGUUCCCUUCCAUCUUUGGAAAUGAAUAUCGACGUAAACUUCUUCUUCUUGCAAUUGGUAUUGCCAGCUUCUUCGUAGGGCUUCUGAUGGUUACAGAGGGAGGCCUCUAUGUUUUCCAGGUGUUUGACCACUACGGCUGCAGUGGGGUGACUCUUCUCUUUUUUGCCAUUCUUGAGUCUGUCUGCAUCGGGUGGUUUUAUGGGGCAGAUCGUUUGUACGACAACAUAAAGGACAUGAUUGGCUAUCAUCCAUGGGCUUUUAUGAAAUAUUGUUGGCGGUACCUGACACCAGCUAUUUGCACUUGCACUUUGGUAUUUAGUUUAGUGAAAUACACACCACUCAAGUUCAGGAACACUUACGAAUACCCGUGGUGGGGAUAUGCAAUUGGAGGAGUCCUCGCUCUGUCGACGCCAAUUCUAGUGCUGUUGAAGAUGCUCCAUGCUGUCAGUGUCACUCCUGGAACGCUUAAACAGAGACUGAAAAUUCUGUGCACACCAGCAGCAGACUUACCUUGUCCUGUAUCGAGGAAAGCAAUGAAUCAACAGGAGGAAUGUCAGUUGUUUAUGCAUGCCGGAUAAUAGAAGAUCGACUCAUCACUGAGCUCAGAGAGGAUC